GAUCAAUCUUAGGCAUCUUGGGCUUGUUCAUUGUUCCAACUUGACUCAUAUGCCGCAUGGACUAGGAAAGUUGACUGCUCUCCGGACGCUGUCGAUAUACACUUUGGGGAAGAAGGAAAGUUCUAUUCCAAAGCGAAGGGGUGGGCUAGGCGACCUAGAUAGUUUAGAUGAAUUGAGAGGAGAUUUACGUAUCGUUGGUUUAGAGCACUUGAGAUUUUCUCCAUUAUUAGAAGCCAAGAAUGCACACUUGGAGAGGAAGCAAUACCUUCGAUUUUUGAAAUUGGAGUGGGGCUCAUAUGUAGAAGCUGGAGAUGAUAGGGAUAAGGCAAUUGAAAAUGAUGAAAAAUUGUUGCAAAGCCUUCGACCACAACUAAAUUUGAAACAAUUAUCUAUAAGUGGGUAUACAGGUGUGAGGUUAUCUAGCUGGGUGUCCUCGCUCUCGAAUUUGGUUUUUAUUUUCAUAUUGAAUUGUAAAUGGUGCCAACAUAUCCCACCUUUGAACCGAUUCCCUUCUCUCAAGUGUCUUUCGCUUGAGAACUUGAGCGCGCUGGAGUACAUAGGCAAUGAUGGCAGCGACGUGUCCUCUUCUUCCCUCGAAAGUAUUUUCCUUCAGGAUUUGCCAAAGUUGAGGGGAUGGUGGAGGAUGAGGGAAGCAGUAACAGCAGAGCAUGAUGAACAUCAUCAUCUUCCAUUAUUUCCGUCAUUUCCAUGCCUUUCUGAGUUAGAUAUUAGACUUAGAGUUUGCCCGAUCAUGUCUCUACUACCGCUUAUAGCACCAGGGAGCCAAACAACACACUCGUCUUCCUCUCCCUUUUCCGAUCUCUCCAAAUUGACGCGUCUUACUCUUUGGGGAUUAGAGGAAAUUGAAUCUCUGCCAGAGGAGUGGCUGCCAAAUCUCACUUCUCUUAAGUGGUUGCAUAUUGUCAAGUGUUGUAAACUACGAAUAUCCAUGUCCCCGCUCUUUCAACAUCUCACCGCGCUUGAAGAUCUGUGGAUUGAUGACUUAAUGGAACUUAUCAGCAAUGAGGAUGAAGAGCACAAUGCCUUGGACCUACAACACUUCGUCAUCUAUCUAUAAAAAAUGUUACAAGCUUGGUGUCCCUCCCAAGGGAGCUUAGACAUGUUACCACUUUGCAACAGCUUGACAUAAACAACUGCCCUACACUGAAGUCUUUACCGGAGUGGACUGGCGACCUCACUUCACUUCAGACAUUUCGGAUCUUCUGUUGUCCCAAUUUAAUAUCACUGCCUGAAGGUAUUCGCCGUCUCACGUCUUUUGAGAAUUACGGGGUGUCCUCACUUGGAAAAAAGAUGUGACCAAGGAACAGGAGAGGAUUGGCCAAAGAUUGCUCACGUCCCAGACUUUUCGAAUACGUUGCCUUGAGUCACCAAUUAGAUGGAUGGAACAAACAAGGGUUUAAGAAUAUACAUGUUUUCAGAUCUUGCCGACAAUCAGAUUCGCACAAAGCUCUCAAAUUUCCACUAUUGUUUCCUAUCUUUCACUUCAAUGACAUUCCCAUGUGUUGAAAAGAUCGUAGAGAGUCAAGGGGCAAAUGAGAAUUUCCAAAAGAUCUGUUCGUUUCACCCAGAGAGCCUCACAGAAUUCUCUUGCCCUGUUCCGGAUGUUGAUGAGUUUGGGUGCACUUAUGGUUGCUUGUGGAAGAAUUGAUCCUGUCAAUGAGUGUUGUGACCAAGUUUGCCAAAAUGCUAUACUAGAUGCUGCUAUAAAAAUUUCCCUAAUUGGUAUGUUAUAUAAGGAUGGGUUCCCUGUCUCACCUGAGCAUUGCAAGAAUAUUGUCCUCCGGUGGCAGGCCAGUAAACUUGAUCCUCCUUCAGCAAAUAGUGUUCUUAGAGGACUUACAAAUUGCAAUGUAAAUAAAGUCUGUCCACUUGUUUUUCCCAACAUGACCAACGUUGUGAAAGAGUGUGGAAAUGUGAUAAAUAACCAGACAGCUUGCUGCAAAGCCAUGAAGAGUUAGGUGUCUCAAUUGCAACAGCAGAGCUUCCUCACCAACUUGCAAGCCCUGAAUUGUGCUGGAUCACUUGGCAUGAGGUUACAGAAAGCUAAUGUCUCCUACAAUGUUUAUAAUCUCUGUCAUAUAAACCUCAAGGAUUUCUCUCUUCAAGGUCAGUUGUAUUCUAUAGCACUUAAAUGAGCAAAUGCAUUCAUAUUUCAGCCUGGUAGAAAGAAAUGAUUCUGAUAAGUGUGCUUUUUUUGUGAUUCAUUGUUCGUGCUGGUGGAAUUUACCAGUGGGAUAUGCCAGUGGGAUCACAAGGUUUGCUUUCAGUGCCUCCUGAUCUUCAAGGAUCAUGUGAGUCUUCUACUCACUUUGAUUACCUUAUAAGAUUGGUUUUCUUAUAAUCUCCAUACGAAAUAGUCUCUUUGAAAAUCGAAGAAUCCUGGCUGCCUUUUACCAAGCUGCAACAUAUGAUAAAACUUCAGGGAUCGGCUCCGUUUGUGGUCUUAAUGGUAACAUGGCAUCUCAUUGGCCCUCUAAAUCUUAUGUACCUGCUUCUACCUGCAAUAAAACUACCAUUCUUCCGGCACUCCCCACAGUAACAUCUGCACAAAGUGAUGGGUUCCCUGUCCCACCUGAGCACUCAACAAAGGAUUGAUGAUUGCAAGAAUAUUGUCUGUCGGUAGCUGGCCAGUAAACUUGAUCUUUCUUUAGAAGACUUCCAAAUUGCAAUGUAAAUAAAGUUCAGUCUGCCCACUGGUUUUUCCCAACAUGACAAACAUUGUGAAAGAAUGUGGAAAUCUGAUAAACAACCAGACAGCUUACUGCAAAGCCAUGGAGAGUUAUGUGUCUUAAUUGCAACAACAGAGCUUCCUCACAAACUUGCAAGCCUUGAAUUAUUCUGCAUCACUUGGCAUGAGGUUACAAAAAGCUAAUGUCUCCUACAAUGUUUAUAAUCUCUGUCAUAUAAACCUCAAGGAUUUCUCUCUUCCAGUGGGAACACAAGAGUCUGGCUGCCUUUUACCAAGCCUGCCUUCGGAUGCAACAUAUGAUAAAACUUCAGGGAUCGGCUUCGUUUGUGAUCAUAAUGAUAACAUUGCAGCUCCUUGGCCCUCUAAAUCUUACUUACCUGCUUCUACCUGCAACAAUAAAACUACCAAGCAUCCGGCACUCGCCACAGCAACAUCUGCACAAAGUGGUAAGGGACUUAGACCUAUAUUGCUGCAUAAAAAAAAUCAGUUUUUCUAAUUUGUGCAGCAAGUCACAUCUUUACUCUUAAUUCCCCACUAAAUGGAAGUUGGGGCUGCAUGGAUCCUCUUAGGAGAUUAUACAAAUAAAAUGAAAUGUAAUUUGGCAAUGAUAUGAAAGUUGGAAACCUAUGUCUCUAAUAUGUCAGGCUUCAAGCUGCUGGCUAAACUCUAUUUACUUCUACAUAUUAAAUCUAUAGAGACUUGAGGA